AUCUUAUUACGACUGUCAUAAAUUUGAAGAACCGCUAAUGUAUAUGUGUAAACAAUCCGGCUAGAAUUGCGAUUAGAUUCAUCGUUUAACCAGAUAUUGAAAUUAUCAUACAUCAAGAAUAAUUGAAUGACAUGAAUUUUCUUUUUCGUUCUUUGAACAGACAAAUUUUCUACUUGCGCGCUUCCAGGAUUUCUUUAAAAAUGAGUUCAACAGGAUCAUCCUCGACUUCCUCGACGGAAAGCUCUAGGCAUUAUGCCAAUCCCUAUGACGAUUACUCCAGUACAAAACACAAUAGUAUCGUUGACAAAGAUAAGAACAUAAUCCAAGAUACUUUCAAAGAAGAACUUACAUCGAACAUCAAAGUUUUGAUGCAGAUGUUGGAAAGGAAUGAAAAACACUGGAGUUUCGAUGAUUACUCCAUUUAUACUGGAGUAACAGGAAUAGCAUACUUGUUUUAUCAUUAUGGAAAAUAUUUUCAUGAAGAUGCUUACAUCAUGAGAGCUGCAAAAUUGAUUCGUGGAAGUUUGGAAAAAGCAAAAGGCAAAAGACACGUUACGUUCCUUACCGGAAUCGCAGGGCCACUUGCUCUUGGAGCAGUGAUCAAUCAUUUGCACUUUGAUCGGGAAGAAUCGAAGAAUCUAAUUGAGAGAUUAAGAUCCAUGUCGAAAUACGUAUUAGAGGAUGAUAGCGAUUUGCCAGAUGAAUUGCUUUACGGCAGAUCUGGUUAUCUCUUUACGAUUUUAUACGUAAACUCGCAUAUUUCUCCUGCUCCGUUCGACGGCGAUUUUAUUAGGAAGGUAAUUGCAUCUAUCAUCAAAUCAGGCAGGAAAUAUUCUGCAGCGACAAGAUGCGAAUCUCCUAUAAUGUAUUCUUGGUACGACAAAGAAUACCUUGGCGGUGCUCAUGGGUUAGCUGGAAUUUUGUACAUUCUGUUGCAAGCUCGAGAAUACUUAACUCAGUCACAGCUAUCAGAUGUAAUUCAACCAGCUUUACGGUACCUGAUAAAACUGAAAUAUCCAUCUGGCAAUUUUCCAUCAUCCGUUGGUAGCCAGUCUGAUAAAUUAGUUCAUUGGUGUCACGGUGCACCUUCCAUGACCAUGUUAUUUUGUCUCGCGUACAAGGUAUUUCAAGAUAAAAAAUAUCUGGAUACAGCCGUUCAAUGUGGUGAAGUCAUUUGGUUGCGUGGAUUACUAAAAAAAGGAUACGGAUUAUGCCACGGCGUUUCUGGAAAUGCUUAUACAUUUUUGUAUCUCUUUCAAGAGACUAAGGAUACAAAGCAUCUAUACAGAGCCUGCAAAUUUGCUGAAUGGUGUAUGGAUUAUGGAACUCAUCAAAAUCGUAUACCUGACAGACCAUUUUCCCUGUUCGAAGGCCUCGCUGGCACAAUCUACUUUCUUAUUGAUCUUGGAGAACCCAUGCUUGCCAAGUUUCCCGGUUAUACUCUUAAUAGACUCGACAUGAGUAAUAGUACAAUAAAAAUAUUCUUGAGCAAAAGAGUUGUAUUUCCUGAUAACGUGGAACCAGCUGGUUUGAUCGUUCGGGAUGAAAAGAUAUAUAAAAUUGUGCGUGGGUUAGGGCGACAUGAGAUUCAGGCUCUACUGGAAGAAUAUCCUGAUGCAUUGGUUGAAGAUUUUGCUUCAUCAGUCUUAAUGCCUGGUGUGAUCGACUCCCACGUUCAUGUGAACGAGCCAGGUCGUACCGACUGGGAAGGUUUUCGUACUGCAACGAAAGCUGCAGCUGUCGGUGGAGUGACGACAAUUGUUGAUAUGCCUUUAAAUUCCAUACCGCCUACUACUACCCUACAAAAUUUAAGGGUGAAGGCGAACAAAGCAGAGGGUAAAGUAUACGUGGACGUUGGAUUCUGGGGUGGCGUGAUACCAGGAAAUGACAAAGACCUUCGGGAGCUUGUUAAUGCUGGAGUUGUUGGUUUCAAAUGUUUUUUGUGCCCCAGUGGAGUAGAUGAAUUUCCUCACGUUGAUCUUCCUGAUGUUGAAAAAGCAUUGAAGGAAUUAAAAGCAACUAAUUCUGUUUUGGCGUUUCACGCAGAAACAGAGUUGACGAAACCAGUGGAUGUGUCAAAUGGUGAUUCAAUGCUUUAUGAAACCUUUCUUCGUUCCCGACCUGCCGAGAUGGAGGUCAAUGCCAUAAAAGCGGUUUCCACGUUGUGCAAAUUAUAUAAGGUACGCUGUCAUAUAGUUCAUUUGUCAGCCAGUGACGCUCUACCAUUGAUAAAAGAUGCUAAAAACAAUGGGGCACCGUUAACCGUCGAAACAUGUCAUCAUUACUUGAAUCUCUCUGCCGAACAAGUUCCGAAGAAUGCAACUGAGUACAAAUGCUGUCCACCAAUUCGUGAAAAAUCAAAUCAAGAUAAAUUAUGGAGAGGACUGCAAGACGGUACUUUGGACAUGGUAGUGUCAGAUCAUUCACCGUGCACAGCAGAAUUAAAAAGAUGUGGUGACUUUCUUGCUGCUUGGGGCGGAAUUUCAUCAUUACAAUUCGGCCUCCCAUUAAUGUGGACUGGAGCCAAGGAGAAGGGAUUGACUUUACAGGAUGUCUCACGGUUAUUGACACGAGUUCCCGCUGAACUUUGCUCCUUAAAUAAACGUAAGGGUAGCCUUGAAGAAGGUAUGGAUGCCGAUUUCGUCGUGUGGGAUCCAGAAAAAAUCAUUAAGAUUAAAGAAUCCGAGAUUCUCCACAAGAACAAGUUAACUCCCUACGAAGGCAAGGAAUUGUACGGUCGAGUAGUGGCCACGAUUCUACGCGGAAACUAUAUAUACAAACACGAUAAGCUCAGCGAUAAACCUAUUGGAAAUUUAUUACUAAGAAAUGAACAUCGUUAGACGAAGACUAAUUGAGUCUGGUUUCUUUUCGUUCUUCAAAACCUUAAAAUAACGUCUUUUCUCUAAUUUAUGGAUAUACAUUAGAGCGAUAAUUUCUCAAAAGCUUUUACAGCAUUGGUAUUACAGGGGGUAGGACGCUCUGCAAUAUUUUCCAAUAGACCAUUAUGGAUUCCAAGUUAUCUGUUUCCUGUAACUGUAUCCUGGUAUCUCAGACCAACGCUACAAAAAUUAAAGCUUCGAGAUUUGCUUGCACCAUUUCUCCAAAUUAUAAAAAGAACAAAAAAUGCUGUCGUAUCAAAACGCAACGUAUUCGACGACUCGUAGUAUGACAGUACAGUCCACCUUAUGCGUUACUUGACAUCCGCGUGAGUCAUUUUACUGGCAUGACGUCAUUCAGUACGAAAUUACGUCAGCCAGAAUGUACGUGUGCAUGUAGUUCCUGCCCGUAGCGAAGCGAUCGAUUUUAUCGUGCGAUCCUGCUCUCCCACGACUGACCAGAAAGUACACUGAAAAAUUCGUUGGAUACCGUCAAUAACAUAUAUCAUUCGAUUUCAUCACAUUAACCUUUUUUUAUUACCCACAAAUCAGUAUUUUUUUUGUAUUCUAAAGUCAUUCUAUAUUUAGAAAAUUCGAUUCAAGGGACUCUUUUGCAUUGAAACUCAUAAUAAAAUGGCCCUUGUAAACAUUUACUUGCUAACGUACUAUGCACCUGUACAAGUUUUACAUGCUGAAUAUAAAACAUUGUUAUUGCUAA